AUGGAUCAAGUGUUAGCCAAUUCUGAACUUUGUUCGUUAAUAGCUGCCUUACCUGAUGUAGACACUAGCGAUUUACAUGGACUUGAAUGUAAGUUUUAAUUGGUUGUUUUACGAAAUGAAAUUUUUUUAAAUGUUCAGUAAGUUGGUUUUAAAAAUGAUUUUAUCUUAGAAGUACAGGUAUUAGGAGUUUAAGGGAUAUGAUAUAAACUAGCGCUAGUAAUAAAGCUAUGAUAGGGCUGAAGCUAAAGCUAGAGCUAGGGUCAUGGCUUGUGCUAGGACUAGGGUUAGGCUAGGGCUAAGGCUAAAGCUAGGGCUCGAGGCUAGGGCUCGGGGUAAGGCUUGGGGCUAGGACUUGGGACUAGGGUGCUGGGCGUGGGACCGGUGCUAGGGCUCUGGGGUAAGGCUAGGAUUUAAAGUAAAGGCAAGCUGAACUAGCCUUUUCUUUAUGACAUUACACAACAUAUUUGCGCACUUACCUAACUUUAUGAUACAAGAAGAUAGCCUUAGAGAAAUUGCAAGAAUGUGUGUUGCGCAACGUUUUCUUACAUAAUAUUGAUGGUUUAUGUCAUAUUUGCCUCGAUGUAAAACGACCCAACAAAUUACUGCGAGUGGGACAAUGCAAUGAAAAGUUUAAAAGUUUAGGGCAAAGCGGGGCAUGAUAGGGUAGUGGAAUGUAUGGUAGGGCAGGGUGUGAUAGAGCAGAGUAGGGUAGGGUAAGGUAGAAUAAGAUAGAUUUUUUUCUGUUUUUUAUUUUUAAAUUUUUACUUAAUUAAAAUGUUUUAGUAAAACAACUGACGGCCAUCUUUGAAGAAACCUUGAACAAAUUCAGAGAUUUGUCUCAUACAUAUAGAUCUGAAGCUGAUAAGUGUUCGAAUCUCAUCGAUAAGAUCAAGGAAUUGAACUUAGAAUUGGAUCAGAGAGAAGAGGUAAGUCAAUUGCUGGCCUAAGCCCUAGCCUAAGCCCUAGCCUAAAUCCUAGCCUAAGCCCUAGCCUAAGCCCUAGUCUAAGCUCUAGUUUAAACCCUAGCUCUAGCCUUUACCAUAGUACAAGCCUUAGCCCUAGUCUAAACCUUAUCUUCGACUUAAAUUCUAGUCUAAGCUUCAGCUUAAGCUCUGGUCAUUGUCAUAGGUCUAGACUUAUAAAACUUAGGUUUAGAUGCAGCCUGUUAUCUUACAAUUGCCUAAAAAGUAACGUUUUUAAAUUCCAGCGGCUACAAGAACGUCAACAAAAGUUAUCAGACGGUCGAUUCCUAGCCGAAUACCGUGAGGAACAACACUCUACAGUUCAAGAGGUUUAUCACAUUGAAAGUGCACCGGCUGAACCAGAAAUCGAUUAUGUACCGGUUGUAAGGCUUCAGUCCAAACCUACGCCAAACCGUGACGUUACAGUAGAUGAUGGGCUGGUCAGUAAAAGAUUAAUGACUAGAGAAGAGGCAGUGAAGUCAUUGAUAAAGCACAUUGAAAUGCUACGGAAAUUGAUUUUAAAUUACGAAGAAAAGGUGAAGAAUGUGAGGGAUAAGUUGAGGAUGGUGGAGGAGGAACUGGGCAGGAUUAGAGAGGCUGAGCAGGUAGGAAUAUAUUGUUAUAUUACUAUGCUUUGAACAUAAUUAGAAUCUUGCUGUAAUUUGAGCAUAAAUAUAUGGUUACUGUAAGUAUACAUCAUAUGGCUACUGGAAAAAAUUCAGUAUACGGUUACUGUAAAAAUUUUGAAUAUGGCUACAGUAACUUGAUUUUUUCUGUAGUAACGUGGCUGUUUAGGCAUUACUGGAAAGAGAGGAGCUAGUGACAAGCAGAGAACGACAAGUCAUUGCUGAAUCUGUUUCGAAUUCUUUCGUUGGCGCUUGA